GUUCGAGCGGAGCUGGGAAGAGCCCUGGACGUUUGGUCUCAGCACAGCAAACUCACGUUCACCGAAGUCGACAGCGACAGGGCCGAUAUUCUUGUCUAUUUUCACAAAGAUGACCACUUCGAUGGGUUUCCUUUCGACGGACGAGGUUCCGUCCUGGCUCACGCCUUCUUUCCGGGUUCAGGAAGAGGCGGUGAUGCUCAUUUCGAUGAUGAUGAACACUGGAUAGUAGGAGAUUUUGAUGAAAGCGAAGAGGGUACGAGUUUGUUCGCCGUGGCCGCUCACGAGUUUGGCCAUUCUCUCGGCUUGGCCCAUUCCACCGUCCAAGGAGCCCUUAUGUACCCUUGGUAUCAAGGCCUACCCAAAAAUUUCAAACUUCCCUACGAUGAUAUAAAUGGGAUACAAAAUAUGUAUGGUCCUAGAGAAAGGCAAUGGGCUGAAAUGCCACCUUACCAUCAUCGUCCCCCCAGCACGACCACAACAACAACGACAACGACUACAACUCGAAUGCCGUGGAAGGAUCCACGACGAAGAACAACCGCCGCUCCUCCGCGCACUCGGCCAACCAGCAGGCACUACAAACAUCCUCACCAGCCACAUUAUCCCAGUUACCCCGGUUAUCCCAGUUAUCCCAAUUAUCCUAACUAUCCUAAACCUGAAUAUCCUGUGAAACCAAAAGGAGAGAAACCUCGUAUACCAGAGAAGCCGAGAUAUUAUCCUAGAAAGACGACUACAAGUACGACCACGAUCAGGCCCCAUGUGACGACUAGGAAUCCGAGGUUCGAGCCUGCGGAACCUGGCAUGCCGGAUACUUGCGACACAAGUUAUGAUGCAGUGUCUGUUAUCCGUGGGGAAGUUUUCAUAUUCAAGGGAAAGUAUUUCUGGAGGAUCGGACAAGAGGGAUUAAAAGCGGGCUACCCAGCAGAAAUCCCAAGGCUGUGGACCGGUCUGCCUAGGAACAUCACCCACAUAGACGCCGUCUACGAGAGACUAGAUAGGAAAAUUGUUUUCUUUAUCGGCAAAUACUAUUACCUGUACGGUAAUCGCGUGGAACCGGGUUACCCGCGACGGUUAAGCUCCCUGGGUUUGCCAGACAAUUUGGAGCGGAUCGACGCGGCCAUGGUGUGGGGCUACAACUCCAAAACGUACCUGUACAGCGGGGACCGCUACUGGAAGUUGGACGAAGACGAGGGCAGGGUCGAACUUGACUAUCCGAGGGAUAUGAGCAUGUGGAAAGGGGUCGGAUAUAAUAUCGAUGCCGUGUUCCAAUGGACAGAUGGAAGGACAUAUUUCUUCAAAGGCAAAGGUUUUUGGGAGUUCAACGACUUACAAAUGCGAGUAAAACACAGGCACCAGAAACUGUCAGCCCCGUUUUGGAUGGGUUGUCCUCGAACUUUAGGCGUCGAUUCAUCUGCAGAGAAACGCCUGAGGUACACCAGCGCUGAUUCUGAUGAAUGGACAUCAUCAGGGCACUCUCUACGAUCAGAUAUUGCAUAUCGAAUAAUCUUAAUGAUACUGCCGACUGCUUUACUAAUUAUACGAAUACGCUGAUUGCCAGGAUUGAGUGAAGUUUUGGUAUAAUCUUUCAGUUUGAGGUACACUAAUGUGAAUAGUUUUUAAGUGGAUAAUUAUAAGUUUAUAUAUUUCGAACAGUUUGUGAAAAUCUUAUUCAUGUUUGGUAAAAUUAGUGCGUUGUUCAUUUGGAUGAAGUAACUUGUACGAUACUCUAAGUAGAUGCGUUUCUUGUGCCGUACCAACAUUGAUUCCGUAUCAAAAUUGAUCCAAUAUUGCAGUCAAAAAAUUA